AUGAACGGACACUCGAACGGAUACGACCAUAAGCUGCCUCCGGGCGACAGCCCCACGCUGGUCCUCGUGGAGCCCACUGAGGACGAGAAGGUCAUUCAGUGGACAAAGAACGCUCCGGCGUGGCGGGGCGCCUUGUCCGUUGAGGCCUACAUCCGCCGCGAGCGCUUCCUCUCGAGCCAGGACAACACCAAGGACGGAGGCCAGACUUGGUGGGUGCUGGUCGACGAGGCUGCCAGCGAACGCAUACUACUGGCGGGCUGCGAGAGCUUCCGCAAGAAGGCAAUCGUAGCGAAGGACGGUCAGAUAAAGGAUGUGAUAACGCACGGCGUCGGGAGCGUCUUCUCGCCGCCGGAGCACAGAGGGAAGGGCUACGCAGGGCGGAUGAUGCAGGAAGUGGGCAAGAAGCUGCGAACAUGGCAGACGUCGGAGAAGACGGAUUGCCUGUUCUCGAUCCUCUACUCUGAUAUCGGCAAGAUGCGGAAGAAAUUCUACGCAAACCACGGCUGGGAGCCUUUCCGUUCUGCGCACAUCUCGGUGCCGGCAGCGGCAGAGCAGUCGCCGAGUGCGGAGCUGCCGCCAGUGAAGGACCUUGGAGCUGCAGAUCUGCCGGAUCUCUGCGCGCACGAUGAAAGCAUGCUCCGCCAGAGCUUGAAAGACGGCCCGUCGGACGGCAAAACCCGAGUGGCCAUCCUGCCCGACAUCCACACCAUCCGCUGGCACCAUGCCCGCGAGGAGUUUAUCGGCAAGGAAUUCUACGGCAAUCACCCGGUGGUGAAGGGUGCCAUGAUUGGCGAGGAGAAAGGCAAGCGGGUGUGGUGCUACUGGACGCGCAUGUGGUACAACGCCGAUAAGAACCAAAGCAAGGGCAACACACUGCACAUCCUGCGCCUGGUCAUUGAGGACGGCGUCGCCCCGGACACGGUGGUCACGUCCAUCGCGGCGCUGCUUGCCCGGGCACAGCGCGAGGCUGCAGGCUGGCAUAUGGCCGAGGUGGAGGCGUGGAGUCCCACACCAGAAGUCGUCGCCGCCGCUCAGCUCCUCGAGCCCACGGCCGAGGUGAUCGACAGGGACACGGAGAGCAUCGCGAGUCUGAUGUGGUACGGCGAGCAGCCGGCGGACGGCAGCUCCAUCGCAGACGCGAUCGAGUGGGUCGGCAACGAAAAGUACGGGUGGUGCUGA